AUGCGUUUGUCCACUCUUGCUGCUGUGGCCGCUGCCACCUCUGUCUCGGCGGCGCCGAGAUAUGUCAUGUACUUUGACCAGUGGCACCUGUCGACCCUACCGAGCAAGGACGUAACUGCCGGCGUCAACUAUGUCAUCACCGCGUUCGCGGGCUCUGUCAACUUCAACUCGGGCUCCUGGUACCAACCUUUUAUGCCUCUCGACCAGGUCCGCGCUCUCUUCGACCAGGGAACCAAGGUUUGCAUGGCCAUCGGCGGCUGGGGCGACACAUCGGGCUUCAGCACCGGCUGCGCGACAGACGCGACCCGCAAGACGUAUGCUAAGAACGUGGCCACCGCACUCAACAACCUGGGCUACGACUGCGUCGACGUCGAUUGGGAGUACCCCGGUGGCAACGGCCAGGACUACCGGCAGACCCCCAACGACAAAAAGACAGGCGAGAUCGAGGCAUAUGCGCUCCUCUUGGCUGAGAUCAAGGCCGCCAUCGGCGACAAGGAGCUGUCCAUUGCCAUUCCCGGCAAGAAGGUCGACAUGAUUGCCUUUACUGAGGCUGAGGUGCCCAAGAUUGACAAGGCUGUGGACUUUAUCAAUGUCAUGACCUACGACAUCAUGAAUCGCCGUGACACCGUCACCAACCAUCACACCUCGGUCGAGGACUCCAAGGCUACCAUCGACACAUACAUCGGGCUGGGCAUGACGCCCAGCAAGAUGAACCUCGGCUUCGCCUUCUAUGCCAAGUGGUUCACCACGAGCGGGCAAUGCUCCACGCCCACGGGUUGCCAGACCGUUACGCUCGAGAACCCCGACGGCAGCGACCCGGGCCUGUCGGGUGCCACGACAUUUGAGCGAGAGAACUUCAACGAGGAGUUCACCCGAGUGCUGCAGAACGGCAAGGCCGACGAGGCCAAGGGCGGACAGUGGUACUGGGACUCGGCCACCAGCAAGUACUGGACCUGGGACACGCCCGAGUUCAUCGCCAAGAAGUUUAGCGACAUCGUCAAGGCCAAGGGCCUCGGGGGCGUCUUUGCGUGGAGCCUGGCACAGGACAGCCACGAUUGGAGCCACUUCAAGGCCAUGCAGGAGGGUGUUAGGGGCUUGUAG